AGCGCGAGAGAGGGGUGAUUUAGUUACUUACUGGGUAUUUUGGUUGUUUAGUUAGGUGGAAAGCAGGAAAGAAAUUUCUCAAUGGAAGGAUGGGGGGCGGCUGAGUGCUUGGCCUCCGCCUGGGUCCCACCACCUCUCCUCAAGGUCAUUAUUAACACACAGCCAUUUUUGUGCCUUGCGGCAAAUUGCGAGAAGCUUAAUCAACAAAUCGGCCAAUCCCCUUCUUCCAGAUCGAUCCUAACCUGGCCUUAAUCUUCCCAUUUUGUUCCUCCUAAUUGGAAAAAGGUUUUGCCUCUCUGUAGUCAUCAGCUUUCCUCUUCUUCGCAUGCUGUAAUUACAUUGCUCCGAUUUCACUCCUGCUAAUCCUUUCUUUCUCCAGGGAGGCAGGGGAAAAUGUGCCCACUCCGCAUCAUUCUCGUCUUCCUCUCCGCCACUCUCGCCGGCUUCUUCCUCGUCCGCAACCUCAACUCCCCCCAAACUGCUCCUCUCCCCGACGACUCCUCCCCCGCCGCCGACGACUCAGCUACUCGAUUCUCCAAGGUCCGGUCAGCUGUGGAGUCCGGGUUCUGGACUUGCGUGGACAUGGCAAGUGGACGCUACCUCUGGAGGCACCUCACGUCUUCCUCUUCCUCGCCCGAACCUUCCAGUUCAUCCGAUUAAGUUGCUUCUCUCUCCCUGGCUUUUCACCAAGUUUGUGAUGCUCUUAUUCCUUCGUGAUUAGUUGGUCCAGCUGCUUUCAGUUUGAGGUUCUGGGAUGAGGGACUGGGAAUUCACACACCGCAUAGCUCUCGUUGUGUGUUGUGGAUGCUUGUUGUUGUAGAUUUAUCAACUUGGGAAACAAACCCAUUUGCAGUAUUGGUUAGAGAGAGUUGUAACCUGUAAUUAGCAGCUAGCAUUACCUUUAAUACAUAUAAAUCUUCGAC